GUACGUGGGGACACGGCACGGUGGCUGCGGGACUGGCUAGAAACUACUAAAGUUCCUGUGGGAUCAAGUAGAAUUUUAUAAAAACAUAAUGGAUGGAGAGGAGAAAUCCUAUGGUGACUGUGAAGGCCCUGAUGCCAUGUAUGUCAAAUUAAUAUCUUCUGAUGGGCAUGAAUUUAUUGUAAAAAGAGAACAUGCGUUAACAUCAGGAACAAUAAAGGCCAUGUUGAGUGGACCAGGGCAGUUUGCUGAGAAUGAAACCAAUGAGGUCAAUUUCAGAGAGAUCCCUUUGCACGUGCUAUCGAAAGUAUGCAUGUAUUUUACCUACAAGGUCCGCUGCACUAACAGCUCCACCGAAAUUCCUGAAUUCCCGAUUGCACCUGAAAUUGCACUGGAGCUGCUGAUGGCUGCGAACUUCCUAGAUUGUUAAAUAGAAUAAAUUAUAAUAAACUGUUCAUUUUUUCAGUAUU